AUGCACCCCCUCAGACGAGAGAACUCGUUCACAAGCGCCGAUCCCCCUGAUUCCAUCUCUAGCUGGCGACCCCAUGUGGACUCCCCUUCAACUGGCGAUGUCGCAUCUAGCUCUUCGCCGCCGAGUUCGAUAUUCCCCGGGAAUGUGUCCCCGGAUACGAUCAGCGAUAUCAAGUGCGAGGUCAUGGUCAAUUGGCUACAUUCGAAGCAGGAAGAAAAGAUUUGGACCACCGGCGAGCCUGGCGAAGGCGUGGUCCUGAAGAAGGCGAAAGGUCAGUAUGUUUGCUGCCCGAACGAGCUGCGAUUCGAUCAGUCGCAGUUCUACCAGAUGGUGGCACUCCUCAAUGUCCGAGUUGCCAUGACCGUCAACACGAGAGUUAUCAGGUUGUUGUUGGCGAGGAGCGACACGCCUUGGGUGCAGAUACAUGAAGGCCUCCGCCUCCAGGUCAUCCCCGAUAUCGAAGCGCUCCCAUACUGCCAAAAGCACCAGUCGGCUGCAUUUAUUGCCUCACAACAGUACCUCGUAGUCUGGGAGGACGACCCCAAAAGGCUUCUGGAACGAGCGCAAUACAUACAGGAUACAUUGAUGAAGAUGAUCUGGGGCACAACUUCGGGGUUCCUCGAUGGGAGCGAGAAGGAGGGCGCGGAGGCCAAUGUGAUCGAGUGGGAAUCGCUGGAAGACGGCGUAGAGAGGACAGAAGAACGCCGCGUUAUGCUCAUUCAGUCUAUCAUGACUGCGUGUGCUCUCAUGCUGGUGCUUGCUGCUAUCGGUGGUGGCUGGAGGAACGUCAUCAUUGAGGUCAUCGUGGACAAGAACUGGGCCCGAAUUGCCUUCGCUGCCUGCGUGCUUCCCCAGAUCUGGCUUGCUCUAUUCUUCUUUCAAGCUCUCAUAGGAAACAUUGCCCAAUUGUUCGGACCCACCCACCAAAUGUCCCAUAACUCGAAAUAUUACUCGGGCAAAGCCCCACGUCGCCUUCGCCGCGACGUACACACCAAUCUACCCCACGUCACCAUCCAGAUGCCUGUCUAUAAGGAGGGCCUUCACGCUGUCAUCGAACCCACGAUCCGAUCCGUGAAGGCCGCUAUCUCGACAUACGAAAUGCAGGGCGGCACCGCCAACAUCUUCGUCAACGACGACGGCAUGCAGAUUGUUUCCGAGAAUGACGCCAAGGAGCGGCAGGACUUUUACGACGAGCAUAACAUCGGAUGGGUGGCCCGCCCAAAGCACUGUUUGAAGGCCCAAGCUGAGGGCGAGAAGAUCUUCAACCGUCGCGGCAAGUUCAAGAAGGCGUCCAACAUGAACUAUGCGCUGUGGACGAGCGUGCAGACAGAAGAGAUCUUGUCCUCGAUCGACCGCCAUGAGAACUGGUCUCAGAGAGAUGAGAACGAGGCGUACGGCGAGGCACUCAGAAACACGCUCGACCAGCAUGGUGGUGAAACUUGGGCUGAUGGCAAUGUCCGCGUCGGGGACUAUAUACUCCUCAUCGAUUCGGACACUCGCGUUCCUGGCGAUUGCUUGUUGGAGGCUGUCAGCGAGAUGGAGCAGUCGCCACAGGUUGCUAUCAUGCAGUACGCCUCAGGUGUGAUGAACGUCACGGACAGCUUCUUUGAGAAGGGUAUUACGUUCUUCACGAACCUCGUCUACACCCAGAUCCAGUAUGCUGUUGCCAAUGGAGAUGUUGCACCUUUCGUCGGCCACAAUGCUUUCUUGCGAUGGUCCGCCAUCCAAGAGAUCGCGUACGACUGUCCGCUUGAUGGACGGGAGAAGUACUGGUCUGAAGAGACGGUGUCGGAAGACUUCGACAUGGCUCUGCGUCUCCAGACGAAUGGCUACCUCGUACGCUUGGGCGCUUACAAAGACAAAGGUUUCAAAGAAGGCGUCUCACUCACCGUCUACGACGAACUCGCUCGUUGGGAAAAAUAUGCAUACGGCUGCAAUGAGCUCAUCUUCCACCCCAUGCGCUACUGGCUCACCCGCGGUCCCUUCACCAAACUCUUCCUCCGCUUCAUCGGCUCCAGCAUGCCACUUCCCUCCAAAUUCACCAUCAUGGCCUACAUCGGCACCUACUAUGCGCUCGGUUCCGCCUGGGUUCUCACUCUCCUGAACUACUUCCUCGUCGGCUGGUACAACGGCUUCCUCGACCACUACUACAUCGACAGCUUCAAAGUUUACUUCGCCAUCGUAGUUGUCUUCACCGGGCUGGGUAACCUCGCACUCGCAGUGCUCCGCUAUCGCAUCGGCGAGGGCGGCAUUCUAUCCAAUCUCGGCGAGAAUUUGAAGUGGAUUCCGCUCUUGGUCGUCUUCCUUGGCGGGAUAUCGCUGCAUGUCAGCCAAGCGUUGCUCUGCCACAUGCUCAGCAUCAAUAUGACCUGGGGCGCUACGGCUAAGGAGGUUGAGAAUAUCACCUUCUUCCAGGAGAUUCCGCGCGUGCUGAAGCGCUUCAAGUGGACGUUUAUCUUCUGCGCGCUGCUGACGGCCACGAUGGUUUGUCUCGCAUAUGUGGCGCCGCCGAUGUGGCGGAUUACAUUUUUCACACCCAUAUGGCCGCUUGCUUGCGUGGUUGUUUGUCAUUUUUUGUUGCCUAUCGUUCUUAAUCCUAAUCUUAUGCUGUUUACUUGGUAA